UACUUUAAGGUGGGUAUUGGACCAAUAUUUUUGUAUGUUACAAACAUCAGCACAAACAUAUAAUACCCUCCCCACUAUAGUGGUGUAGGGUAUAAUUAAAUAACAACAAUUCGGUUGCCAUUGGCAACAAUUGGUCAAACUUUUAUAAAUAUACCUAAACAACUGAUACAAAUAGUACAAAUUGAAGUUUUCACAAGAAAUAACUAAAAUGGAAGAUUAUGCUCCAAGUCGUUAUAAAAUGUUGGAAAAGAUCGGUGAAGGUGUUCAUGGUUGUGUAUUUAAAGCUUUAGAUUUACAACGUAAUCGUACUGUUGCCAUUAAAAAGGUGGCUUUAAAAAAUAAGUUCGGUAACAUAUCCCUAAAUACUUUACGUGAAAUAAAAACCUUACAAUUAUCUAAAUGUGAAUAUAUUAUUAAUAUUUUAGAUUUAUUUCCGGAUCUCAUUGGUUUAUCAUUAGUACUGGAAUAUAUGCCGGAAACAUUAUAUGGUAAAUUAAAAAAUGAACUAAAUCCCUUAAGUAGACAACAAGUACGCAAAUUUUCUCUAAUGAUGUUAAAGGGCAUUGAAUAUCUUCAUAGUUUGGAUAUAAUUCACAGAGAUAUAAAACCUGCCAAUUUAUUGAUAAGCGAAAAUGAAAUUUUAAAAAUUUCUGACUUUGGUUUGGCGCGGCUGUAUUUUCCUGAGGAAGAAUCAAGAUUGUAUUCACCACAAGUUUCUACACGAUGGUAUCGUGCUCCCGAAAUAUUGUGGGGUAGUCAAAAAUAUGGUCCUCCAGUUGAUAUGUGGGCGGCUGGUUGUGUUAUUGCGGAAAUGCUAAGAGGUGUACCAUUAUUCGCUGGUACCACCGAUAUUGAACAAUUGGCUUUAGUCAUUCGUACCUUAGGUACUCCACGGUUAAACGAAUGGCCAGAUUUAACAUCGUUACCUGAUUACAAUAAAAUUAGAUUUCCUAAUGCAGUGGGUAUAUAUUGGGAUAAUCUCUUUCCUAGCUGUACGCAUGCAGUUGAAAUAAUCUUGGUAUCCAAUCUUGUUGUAUACAAUCCCAAAAAUCGUUUAAAAGCUUCUGAGUCGAUGUUCAUCAACUUACCGAAUUAAAUGCUAUAAAAGGAAUAAUUGUUGAAAUCGAUACGGAAAUACGAAAAUAUGAUCAGACAUUACAAUUUGUUAAACAUCCAUUGAAUGGACAAGAAUAUUUGGUAUUUGCGCUAUUGCUAACCAAUCAGGCUUGUAAAUUUCAA